GGGAGCGGCGGGGCCGGAGCGGCGGCACCACCGGGGCGGAGGCAGCGGCGGGAGCGGCAGCGGAGCGGAGCAGAGCGCGGCUCUGCGCGGGGAGCAUGGAGAUGGAGAAGCGCUUGACGCUGGAGCUGCGCAACAAGAAGCCGAGCGAGGUGAAGGAGCUGGUGCUGGAUAACUGUCGCUCGGAGGAUGGGAAGGUGGUUGGUCUCUCCUCGGACUUCGAGAACCUGGAGUUCCUCAGCAUGAUCAACAUCAACCUGCUGUCUGUGUCCAACCUCCCCAAACUCAACAAGCUCCGGAAGCUGGAGCUGAGUGAUAACAGGAUUUCUGGUGGCCUUGAAGUUCUAGCAGAGAAAACUCCCAACCUGACACACUUGAAUCUAAGUGGCAACAAGAUCAAAGACAUCAAUACCCUGGAGCCCUUGAAAAAGCUGCCCAACCUCCACAGUCUGGACCUCUUCAACUGCGAGGUGACGAUGCUCAUCAACUACCGGGGCGUGUUCGCCCUCCUGCCCCAGCUCACCUACCUGGAUGGCUUCGAUGCUGACGAGCAGGAAGCCCCUGACUCAGACCCUGAAGCAGAUGGGGAUGCACUGGAAGAUGAGUAUGAGAAUGGGGAAGAAGGCGAGGAAGAGGACGAUGAUGAGGAGGAGGAUGAUUUGGAUGAAGAAGUCAUUGAUGAUGAAGAAGAUGAAGAUGAUGACCUGGAAGGUGAAGAGGAGGAGGAUGGAGUAGAUGAUGAGGAGGAAGAUGAGGAGGAAGAUGGUGAGGAGGAUGAAGAGGAUGAAGCUGAAGAUGACCAUCCGUGUGGGCAGAAGAGAAAACGAAGUCUAGAGGAUGAAGGAGAGGAAGACCCAGAGGACGAAGAGGACGAUGAGGAUGACUGAGCCCAGCGAGCCAAUCAGUUUUACAGACUCUGACUGUGCUUGUCUUAAAACCUCCCCGUUGUGUCUAUGUGAGACUGUAAAUCCCCAUCUCCCACUCCUCCUCCUCCUCCUCCUCCUCCCCCUCCCCCCUUUGUAUGGCUGCAGCGUCCACAAUAUAUUUUUUUAAGAUUUAGAAUACUGUAGGCAUUCAGGGGAAUCUUCCAUACAAGGCUCACUUUUUCUCACAA